CUGCCUCUCAGUCUCUCGCUCUCUCCAUCCGCGAAGGAGGAGCCGCAGUGAAGUGAAGGGGAGCCUUGUCCUUCUGCGCGGAGAGAGAGAGGGAGGGCGAGAUGGCCGCGGAGGAGGGCGAGCCAAAGGCCGGCAGCAGCCACUAGCAGUCCCCCCCUCCUCCCUUCUCCGCGUCCUCUCGGCCGCCAUGUGGGGGAGGCUGCUCUCCGAGCUCGGGCAGAACGGCGACUACCGAGCAGGCCCAGAAUAUUCCUCAUCGGGAUGGUUGCCUGGUCCUGAUCCACUGUGGCAAGCCACAACUGCUCCAUCAAGCGGUCGGAGUAGUCACAUCAGGAGGCACAGCAUAGCUUCUGACAGUGGGGACACUGGCAUCGGGACCUCUUGCUCUGAUAGUGUGGAAGAUCAUUCCACCUCAAGUGGUACCUCCUCGUUUAAGCCCAGCCGCUCCCUGGUCUCAAUUCCCACUGCCCAUGUGAUGCCGACUAAUGCCAGUGCUUCACUUUCCAAACAUCGGGAACUUCUCAAGACUGAUUGUUCAAAAUGGAGCACAAGCCUUUUGAGGUCUGCUGGAAGUAGGCAUCAGGGCAUUUUGGACAGCUCUCUUGACAUGAAGGACUUGAGGCCUGUAAGAAAAUGGUCAUCUUUGUCUAAGCUCAAUCCGUCUAUGAGCUGUAGCCAGGAUGGGGGCAUUUACACAGCAGAGUGCAGGGUCAGCAUGGAGAAAAUGGGAAGAGACAAGACUGUGUCACCACCAUUAAGAACAAAUGGGACAAGCUGCUUGCACAGUAGUAUGGAAGUUCUCAAAACUGAAGACAGAGAAACAGGGAAGAUGAGAACUUCUACCCUGGACUGCAAAUACAAAUUUGAAAGUUGCAGCAAAGAAGACUUGGGAGUUCCUGAUCCCUCAAACAGGAGACAUGCCUUAGACAUGACCUAUAGUGCCUUACCUGAAAGCAAGCCUGUUAUAUCAAACUGUGAGGCUUUCCAUCCUGGAUAUAUAACUUUGGGGGCACAGGCUGUGAGCGGACUUCCCAUUCAGCCCUCUGAGAGGACUCAGCGGUGGCUUACAGAACAAUUUCAUACAAACCCACCAGAGCCUAGGUCUUCUGAGGAGUCAUACAGUUUACCUUCUUGGCAGUUACAGCAGCUUGAAGAAUUUAGAACGGGAAGUGAGCAUCAUGUUCAGGUUCUGAGUGGAUCAUCUCGUCAGAGUUAUUCAGCAGCAAACUUUCAGGAUUACAAUAACUGGGAGUCCCUGAUGAAAAUCAAAGAAGGGUUGUUAAGGCAAAAAGAGCUUGUGAUUGAUCGGCAGAACCAGCAAAUUAAUCUUUUGUAUCAGAAAAUAAGGGAAAAUGAACUACGGGCCCAGCAAGCAAGACUGGGGCAUAUUGUGAAUUGUGAAGACUCUUACAUGAGUACUUUCCAGCCUCAGUAUGAGAACACAGCAAUGCAGCCUUCAUUUUCAGAGAGAUCUCCAACCCACUGUGAAAGGGAAGAGCUGGAACGAAAGCUUGCAGUAGUACAAAAUAAGGAGCUACAACUCAGUGAAUUUCUGAAACAAAUGGCAAACAAGGCUAAUGAGGAAAAGAAGAAGAUGGAAGAGAAGCUCAAAACCAGAGACAGGUACAUAAGCAGCCUGAAAAAGAAAUGCCAGAAAGAGUCAGAACAGAAUAAAGAGAAACAAAGAAGAAUUGAAACCCUUGAAAAGUACUUGGCUGACCUGCCAACGCUGGAUGAUGUUGAAAGUCAAAGUAAACAGCUUCAGGUUCUUGAAGAAAAGAACAAGCAGUUGAAAGGUACUGUGGCUGAGUUGGAAAGCGAGCUUGAAGAGUGUAAGACACAAAAUCAAGAAAAAGAAUUGCAGCUGGUCUGUCAGAAGCAAAAAGAAAAGGAAUUGGUAACUGCAGUACAGAGCCUGCAGCAGAAAGUAGAAAAAUGCCUGGAAGAUGGUGUCCGCCUUCCUAUUCUAGACACAAAACAGCUUCAGAGUGAAAAUGAAAGCCUCAAAGAGAAAAAUGACAAAGCUAGCAAGGUCAUAGACAAUCAACAGAACCAGAUUGCUCAGAUGACUUUAGAGAUCCAGUCUUUGCAGGAAAAGGUUUUGCAAGAAAAACUGACAGUUCAGAAGCAGAAAAAUGAACUUGAAGAUAAGGAUAAGAGUACACAGCACUUACAAAAGACUGUGAUUGAGAACCAAAGAUUAAUGGAAGAAAAUGCUUCUUUGAGGGAACAAAUUCAUCAGAUGGAACAGUCCCAGCAACCGCUGCCUGAGAAGCUGCCUAUGGCUGAUCAGUUGUUCAAGGAAAUGUCUCAUUGUUUGUUUGACUUGAAAGCACUUUGCAGUAUUCUUACUCAUAGAGCUCAGGGCAAGGAGCCUAACAUGUCCUUAUUGCUGGGAAUCAGAUCAAUGAAUUGCUCAACUGAAGAUGAGAACUACCACAGUACAGAAACGCUGUCAAAGAAACUCUCAGAAGUGUGUCAGUUACGAAAGGAUAUUGAUGAAUUGAGGACUAUAAUAUCAGAGUGUUAUGCUCAGGAUAUGGGAGAAAAUUGCAUUACUCAAUGAUAAAGGUUGGCCUCACAGCAACAAUGGCCAAGUUAUUAAAUGCUGCUCUGGAUUUAGUUCCUUGUGUUUCUUUUAAGAAGCCAUACUGGAAGACACACCGUUUCAAGCAUGUGCGCUUAAUUCACAUGGAUCAAGUAAUCAUCAGUUGAAGACAAGAAUAUAUACUGAAAUCUGGUUUCAUCAAAACUACUGAAUGUUGGUCAAAGCUGUGAAGAAUGUCUGUUGACAAAAACUGGGUUUUGUUUCCUCAAUUAAGGAUGUAAAAAUAAUGAUAUACAUAUGAUUUUCUGGCAUAGAAACUGGAGUGUUAGAGGAGGGCACUCUUGCUACUACUGUACCAUUUUCCGUAUUCCAAGUAUUUUUCCGUAUUCAGCCAAGCUUAGGGGUUCUGUGGGAAAUUGGUUCCAGGACGCCUUGUGGAUACCACAAAAUGUGUUAUAUAUAAAGGGACAAGAAGGGAAUUCGAGCACACCUCAAAGGCAGCUGCUCGCACAUGUGCAAACCUCAUCCUCCCAACCCUGCCUCCAUCGUUGUUGCACCCCAAAGGGCACCCGCAGCCUCCCCUCCUUUCUCCCCUGGCCUGCCUCAGUCUCUUCUUUGCCCUCAGUAUGAGAGUCCCAGAAGUGAGGCUACCAUCCGGGAUAGGGAAGAGAUGAAACAUUUUGCAAAAACAGAAUGAACACUAUUUUAAAAAAAUAUUAUAAUAUUCUAUUACUAUUACUAUUUGUAUAGUUAAUCUUCCAUUGGUUGAAUCUGCAGAUCCACAGCCUGGAAAUAUAUGGAGGGCCCACUGUACACAGUUAUCAUUAAGAAACUGAUUGGAGGAAAUAUUGGAAGUCCUUUACUACCUGAUGGCAUUGAAACUAAAAACAGUUUUAUGGAGCAAGAAUUGAGAUAGAUGGCUUUGAUAUGUUAAGAAAAAGUCCCUUACUGCGUUGGUUCCUCAGUUUGUUAAACUUAUUUAGCACUUGAUGGUGAGUUAUCAACAACUUGGGGUGAGCUGAAAAUAAACUCCCAUAUUUCGGAUAAAACAUAAGGCUUUUGGGGAAUUUAAAUAUCCUCCCUUAUACCCUCUAAAUAUUCUGUAUUAGUUUGAAAAUAUUAGUUUGGUAACAUAUUUCUGUUCUGAGUGAAAGCAAGCUAGAUUAAAACAAACAAAAGUACAUCAGUGAAGUACAAGAGACUGUAGCAUGUUGGUAAUCAGUACCAAAUUAUUCUACAAUUUCAGUUUGUUUGGGGUUCACCCUAUUCUUUGGGAAGACCCCAUAAAGUAUCAGUAAAAUAGUUCCUGGUGGAUAGUCAUAGCAGGAAUGCUCCAGAAUUAGGAUGGAAACUAGAGAAGUAAUUUCCAUGGGGAAAUGGAUAUAGCAAGGGAAAUUAUCAAUGGGUUGAGCCAUGUGUGCUUAGAGUUCUACUUCAGACCUACCCACUCAGUGUGGGAAGGUUGGGAAUGGAGGUCUGUAGCCGCCGUGGUUCAUUUCAAGGUUUAUGUCAUUUGAUAUUUGGGUUUAUGUUAUUUGAUAUUUGGCUUCCUUAAAGUAUGCCCAUCUUCUCUGUUAAGACAAACAUGAUAUCACUUUAUUCUAACAGUCAUUUGAGAUAGAAUACUUCCUUGAAAGAGGGAAAAAAGAAGAACAUGCAUUUUGCUUAUUUGUAGUUACAUUUAGCCACAGGGUGUGGAGACUAUAAGAUUGGUCUUGCCAACAGUCAUUAUUUAAACAAAAGCUUGUAUUACAUAUAUUUUCAGUUUCUUAUGUCACUAUUUCUGUUUAAUACAUUUUUAAAAGGGUCAAUGUUACAUUGAUCUUUCCUCCUAAACUUUUGUGUGGCUUUUGUUGUACCAUCAUUUGUAUAUGUUUGUAAUUAUUUUUUCAAAAAUCUAUUUUGGAUAUUCUUAAAAUAUUGUAUUUAUUUAAAUUGUUGUUUCUUGUUAUGCUCUUCUGCUUUCUGUCUGUGGAAAUAAUUUAACAUUGAUCUUUACUACUGCUCAAUAUUUUCAAUGGCACAUUUGUAGGUAUUACCUUCAAACCGUUAGGUGAACAUGAAGCAAGUUCCAUCUUAACAUUAUAAUGCAAAUGACUGGAAUUUAAAAUACUAAGACUGCAAUCUCAAAUAUAAUGAAGUCUAAAUGAGUGUUGUUUCCAUUUAGAAUUUAAGUAGUUUCCAGAUGAGUGGUCAGGAAUAGUUUUUACUGAUUUACUUUUAUAUCAACAGACAGCUAACAGUGAGUGAAAGCUCUUCAACCUGAAAAUAAUUUUUGUUUUUCUCUGAUUCUGUGGUGACAUACAUUAAGCAUUACAACUUCAAUGCAGAACUAAGAAAAUAUUCUAUUGAUUUAAAAUAGACCAAGUUUAUUUAAACUAGUUUUGGAGCAAAGGGUAGUUUUAAUAUGUUACGAAGACAGAAGUUUUAUUUGGCCCCAUACAUAAGGUUAGACUGUGGGGGAAUUCAUUAGGCCCUUUUGUUUUUCUACUACUACCUUAAUUUUAUAUGGAAAAUAAUCUGAUCAAAAUUAGAAUACUGAAAAUUUACUGAGCACUUAGGAAUCAGGCCAUAUCAAUUUUUGUCCACAAAGUAUUUAGAGACAAAAGUGUUGAAUAGGUAGAACAUUUAACAUCUCUCUCUCUCUCUCUCUCUCUCUCUUGCAUCAGCUGCUUUCAUUGAAGGGUAGCAUUUGGGGUGCUUUUUUUAAAAAAAAAAUCCCAAAUAUGCAAGGCUCUAGUAGGCAAUACCAUAAUAUCCAGACCCAUGAAGCAAAUAAGAUUUGCUACAUUAUGACAUGAAGAUAAAUCAUAAUGAAAGCAAUAAUUUUCACCUUAUUUUUCAAAUCUAGUUGGAAAGUUAACAGAAUGAAAGAACCCAGUGAGGGAGGGGUCUUAUUCUGUGUCUGAAACGCACUCUGUAAUGAAUAGUGUCAUUAGUCUUCUCUUGAAUUUCUUUGAUGUCCUACUCAGAUACUAUCAAAUUUAUUUUAGUUUAAAUAUCCCCAGUGCAGAAGUUGCUAAUGGUCCCGAACAGUUGCUUGAUAUUAUCAGAGUUGAAAGCACCUGUCUUCUCUCUGAAGCUAGACUCAUAGUUCCCAUGUAAAGGAAGGAAGGCCAUGAAACCAUUUGCUCAUAUCUAUGGUUUCAAGAACCUAGAAAGAACCUAGAAUCCAAAUAUAAAGCCCCCCCCCCCACUUAUUGACGACUGAUUCUGUCUCAGUCAAGUGAAGUCAGUGAAGGAAGAUGAUAGCCAAAGACAGAAAUGGCAUGAGCAAAAGCUAAGUAAGCCAUAAAGGCACCGUAUUAUUAUAUAUUAGGAUUAUCUUCUUAAAGAGGGUAUUCUGUUUAAAUAACUAAAUAACUUGUCAGUUUACAAUGGCCUUUAAAUGGUUUAAUAUUUAUGCUAAGAAGUGCAUGAGUAUUUUCAGUUACUAUAUGUGUGUAUGGUCCCAUUCAACCCAUUUUAUGAGGAAAGGUUGACUAAUAUUAGCUUUUAAAGAAAUGUGGUUAACAAUGGUCAUUACUUGGUAGACUGAUUUAGUCAUGACAACUUAUUUUGCCAUCCAUGUAAAAGACAAUCCCAAGGGCUGGAAAAUAUAUAUUACUAAGGAAUUGAAAUGUCUGUUAGCAAGCAUGAACAAAUUUAUACUAGUAGUGUGCAUAUUCCAGGUUGUCUUUCUAUAAUUCUGUAGUUGAAGUUUUACAGUAACUACUGUAAUGCAAGAAUGUAUUUUAGAAGGGAGCUUGGAAAGUCAUUUUAGAUGACUAAAUCUAUUUAUAUGCAAUGUAAUAUGUGUAGUGUCAUACAUAUAUCUAGGAGAGUUUCAGGUUAGUUGUGCAAACUUGACUCUGCAGCUUGAUUGAGCCUCCCGGCUACAGUCUGAGGGACCCUCAUUUGGAAGUUAAACCGAAAUAUUUAAGCCCAGAUCAAGAUUUCCCAAAUGAAUGAGUUUUGGGUUGGCUAUUAAACUGACAUUUUAGAUAUGUAGGUUUAAAAGCACAGUUGUUCUGUAUUAUUAUUUUUAAGUAGGUUGCCAUACUCACUGGCCCCGGCUACAAUUUUUUUAAGAACUGAAAACAUUUGCUAUGUCAACCAAAGUUUUUUUUUUAAUCUCUUCUGCUGAGUUUUAAUUUUUACUUUCCUGGAAGAAUGGAGAGAGAUUAUUUCUUGCCAGAUACCAGAAUGAGAGAAGUGUGAGGUAAAGUGUGUUUUAAUUUUCACUUUCCCAAAACAUAAGGGUGAGUCUUAGAAAACCAAAUUUGGCAUUCAGUCAUGUUUCUGUAAACUACUUUUCAACCUAGGGAUAGAUAAUGCUACAUGAUCAAUUUGACACAGUAUUCAAAAUAUGGAUGCUUUUCCACUCAAAAGUUGAAGAAAAGCAUUGCUCUUUUACAAAAAGGCCAUGCAUAUUUUAAAAAUUGCUGAAAAGAAUCUGUAAAUCUGUUAAUUUCACUUCUCCAUACCUCUGUGCCUUUUAUUUUUGCUUAUGGCUUAAAUAAUAAUCUCUCCUUUAUAAAAAGCCAUGAGAGUAUCUCAAAUUGUUGCACUUUGCUUAGAGAAGUUUUUAGCUUGUAAGUCUGGGAAAAACAACUUUCAUAUAUAGAAAUAUUUUCAAAAUACUGUGGGUUAACCUUUGGAAAGGUAGUCUGGUCUUUCUUUACCAGCGUUUAUGUAUAUGGGGAAAAGGUGCAGGAAGUUCAAUCAGAAUGUAUUAAUUUUGUAUAUAUUAGGUAUAUGAUAAUCAGUGGCAAAAGCAAAGGAAAGGGGGGCUAUCUUUGAAAAAGCACAGUAAGCUUGUAUUGGAUCAGUCUCCUAAGACUGGUAGUUUUUCAACAUUGGGUUCAGUUUUUGAACCAUCUAGAAUACCUCAUGUGUACAUUGAGUUGUCAUGACUUAAUCAAAAUACAUUCAGUGUUAUUGUUUUUUAGUUUUUAAAGGGCCACUGGCUGGUUCUUCUCUUCAGGCCUGUUAUUCUUGCCUCUUUUUGUAAUUUUUUAAAAGUAGUGUUUACAGCUAGAAUUUUGAAUGCCAAAGUUCUAUUUAUUAAAUGAUAAAGUUUUCAUUGUUAAUUACUAGUAUUUUUCCACUCUGUUUGUUUGAUGUUUGGAUUUAUAUCUACAGAACAAAAAUAAAUUUUGUUACAAAAGCUA